AUGGAAGACCCAAAAGAAAUCGUCCGCCAAACCUACGACAACAUAGCAGAAUGGUACCUCCGCUGGAUCACCGACCAACGCUCUCCUCGUGAACGAUACACCACUAAAGUCCUGGAAAAUGCUCCUCCCUCUCCACGGAUCCUCGAAAUGGGAUGCGGCCCUGGAGUCCCGAUCACCCGCAUGCUCCUCGACCACGGCGCGGAUGUUGUGGCGAACGAUAUCUCAAGCGCACAGAUCAACAUGGCCCAAGCGCGGUGUCCGACGGCCAACUUUGUGCUGGAAGACAUGGCUGGACUCUCGUUUGAGCCGGCGAGUUUCGAUGGGGUGGUGAGCUUUUUCACCGUCUUCCAUCUACCGCGUGAGGAACAGAAGGAGAUGCUUGCGAAGAUCUAUCGCUGGCUCAGACCUGGUGGGAUGGUGGCUUUCAAUCUCGCAACGGUGGAUGAAGAGGAAAUCCAUGGGGAGUUCUUAGGGCAUGGGAUGUUCUGGUCUAGCUUCCCGGCGGAGGAGAAUAAGAAGAUGGUGACGGAUGUGGGUUUUGAGCUGGUGGAAGCCACGGAGUUGGACGCUGGCGACGGGAAGCUGGAGGAAGACGAUCCGGAUUAUGGCGUGACGUUCCUUUGGAUGGUCGGUAGAAAGCCUAUAGGUGAAUAG